AGAGCGCGCAAGCCCCAGAGAGCGCGACAUGUCCCUGUGGGGAGCAGUCCCCCUGCACCCCAGAGUGAGAAGGAGGACGCAGGGGUCAGAGGAGGUGGCCACAGGGCAGGCAGAGGAAGCAGCUGUGGAGGGUGGUGGGCUGGUGGCCCAGGAGCAGCCAGGAAGGGAGACCAGCUAGUGACAAAGACAGCCCAGAGGUGCCUGGGACUGUGUAUGAGAGCCCAGAAGAUUUCAGCCAUGCCUCACAGCUCCGACAGCAGCGACUCCAGCUUCAGCCGCUCUCCCCCUCCUGGCAAACAGGACUCAUCCGAUGACGUGAGAAAAGUUCAGAGAAGAGAGAAAAAUCGCAUUGCCGCCCAGAAGAGCCGGCAGAGGCAGACACAGAAAGCCGAUACCCUGCACUUGGAGAGCGAAGACCUGGAGAAACAGAAUGCAGCUCUGCGCAAGGAGAUCAAGCAGCUCACAGAGGAGAUGAAGUACUUCACCUCGGUGCUGAGCAGCCAUGAGCCCCUGUGCUCCGUGCUGGCUGCCAGCACGCCGUCGCCCCCAGAGGUGGUCUACAGUGCCCACGCCUUUCACCAGCCUCACGUCAGCUCCCCGCGCUUCCAGCCCUGAGCUUCAGACAAGUGCAAAACACAGUCCUUGGAUGGGGCACACAGACUGGCUGGGUGGCCCCAGUUCUUCAGAGCCCUCUGUCCAUAUGGAAACCCAGAGACAGAGAGCUGGACAAGGAACAAGCGUUAAGACUGUCAUGGGUAUGGGGCCUCCCAGCAGAGUGGCAGCUGGUCGGCAGGUGCUGGACCGCCAUCUGGGUCGGGGGCCCAGUUCAGAGGAGGAUCAAGCAGGAUUGCCCACAACCCAUGGUGAAGAGAGGGAAUGGGGGUGGGGAAGGUCUAUUUUUCUAAAUAAAUAUUUUAACAGAAA